AUUUUACCUUUUUACUACUCUCCUUUUUAUUUAUUUAUUUAUUUUUAAAACCUACUUUAUUGAAUGAAGGUGCUUAGUCAAUUACUGGGAAGAUACUCUGAACACAACAAGCCAUUUAUUUUAUUUCGGCUGCCAGAGACUGACGUCCUAUUGUACAGAUUAUCAGAUAUCAAACCGCUAUUUAAUAUUCCCACAUUUUCAUUUAAAAAAGCCACCUACAAAAAUUGCUUUCGAGACGGCGAAGACACCUAUUUGGAUACAAACGUGCUGGGCGAUUUAGCUCAUCAAUUCAAUCGUCAUUUGCUUGCUGAGCUUUGUAAAUUAAAGCCCAAUGACUACAAUCUUGGCCUUGCCGAUGCCAUCCUUCAAACUUUUCCUCAAUUCAAACGAGCUCCCAAGGAAGAACAUAUUUGGGAAUCGGUUCAGUUACCGUUGGAAAAUAUGGAGGAUGUCAUUGACAGAACCAUCAAAAUUGAACCGAUUUCACCUCCAAAUAUUCAUCAAGUUAUACCCGAAGCAAGAAACGCUAUGGCUUUAGACAAGGUGCUUUUGAGCUCAAAUGAAUUAAAAAGACAAAGCUUACUUGAGUCACCUAAUAAACGUCAACGAAUUGGUACUGGUUCGCAAAGUAUAGAGUCGGACCGAGAUAACAAAAGACCUCACUCAUUAUCCGCCGUUACCGCUGGAAAUAAUAGUGCACCACUUUCAAGACAAAUCCGUAAAAUACAAUCUCAUCCAGUGAGCGAAAUGGAGGAUACUGCUGCACCUGUACCAUCCAGUAGUAAAAGAUUGUCUAUAAAACACAAGAACUCUUUAAACUUGACCAUCUUUGCACCCUCCUACAAUGAACAAUUGACUGGCGUGCGAUCAGCACCCAUUAAUUCGAAUUUCAAUAGACCUUUACCAAACCAACCGGCUCAGCAGAAUACAAGAUCUAAUUAUGCAAACCACGGCCCUGCAGUUGGUUCCACGCCACAUAAUAUAGCACCUGCAUCUGCAACCAUUGCUAGAGCUCCUUUUACACAUCAACCUUCCCCCAGAAGACACGAAUUUGCUAUUCCACCUAUCGUGCCUUCUCAACAACAGCCCCCUCGCUCUGCACAUCCUACGAGCAGAGAUAACAAACUAUAUCAGCAAUAUAUCGCAUCACCUUCACUUUAUGGUGGCCAUCAUCCUCAUACCACCAAACCUCAACCUUCGUCUUACCAAAGAAACCACGAAUCAACACUGGCUGUGAAUGCAGCUAGCGUACCUUUACCUCCGAAGACACCUACUACCAAUUCAUUUGCUGCUCUUCAGCGCCAACAAUAUCUUCAACCUUUUGAACACUUAUUUGAUACGAUUGAGACCACGCGCACUUUAAAAAGUACACUGGAUGAUCAAAUCAGACGAUCCUCAUCCCUCAUGCAGACCUUACAAACAUCUGCCACUACCAUUGAAGGGCUAGUUCGAAACCAAGUUAAAGAAGCACAAUGGGAAAUGAUGUCACAAGUGGAACAGACGAUGGAGAGUAUGGUGCGUCGAGUUGAAGCGAUUGAGGCGAAAUUAGACCGUGCAUCGGGUAUUUCACCUAUCAAGAAGCAACUUCAGAGACAACCCGAAUUGAACUAUCAACAUACAACGUCCUUACCUUCGCCUUUACCAAGUGCUACACGAGAAGAACGUGCAGCGGCGGAAGACCUAGUGGCGUUUUCAAAGAGAGAGGGCACGGAGCAGCAUGAGGAAUUGCAAACUCCCCCAACCAUCGUUAGGUCCCAAAAUGAUAUUGGACCUCAAGAAUAUCACAACAUGUUGGAUACACUUCGUGAACGUCUUGAUCGUUUAGAAAGACAGAUUGACACGUAAAAUUUAUAUAUCUAUAUACAUAUAUCUAUCACAAUAAAUAAUAUCUUAUCCAUC